AUGACCUUAGUAUUGAGAAUGAAUCAAACACUCACCACAUUAUACUUGAAUUCGAAUGGAGUAGACCAUACUGGUGCAUAUUAUUUAUCGAUUGGAUUGAGAGAAAAUACAACGCUUACAAAGCUUGAUCUUCGCCAAAAUCGGAUUGGUGAUGAAGGUGCUCGACAUAUGGCAGAUUCAUUACCUGUUCAACACGUUCCAUUCAAUAUGAUUCUCAUAUUGAUGAGAUUAUGUUUCGAUGUCAACCGGCGUGUCUCUCUUGAAUUGACGCCACCUCUCAUCACUGCAAUUCAUCAAAUAAAGACGGCUACAGUAUUGGAUUUGAGUAACAGUCGAAUGUCUAAUCAACUGAUCGAGCUAUUUUCUAUUGCCAUGGAAAAGAAUUCGACAUUAAUCGAUCUAAAUUUGGCAACAAACGAGAUCAGCGAUAAUGGUAUCAUGUAUCUGACUGAUGUAUUAAAAUCAAACCAAACACUUCAAAUAUUAAACCUUGCAAAGAAUAGAAUAUGCGAUGAAGGCACGAGAUAUUUAGCGGAUGCAUUAAAAAUUAAUACAGUAAAAUCAAUCUCGUAUAUCUCUACACCUGUAGUUUCCUGGAAAUAGACACUUCAGGUACUAAAUCUGUAUCAUAAUCAGAUACAUAACGAAGGCGCAAAAUAUUUCGCUGAAGUUUUAAAAACCAACAAAGUAGGACGAAUUUUCUAUUUCAUUACAGUAUACACAGAUGUUUCAUUAGACAUUGAUUACAUUCAAUCUUAUAUAUAACAGUAUUGGAGAAAAUGGAGAACACGAUUUCUUAAAUACUUUAUUUCACAAUACGAUAAAUAAGAUUCUCUAUCUGAUGUUUUUCUGCAUUUUCAGAGAUGCAUAGACGUUGCAAGAACUAUACACCAAACGUGAGAGAAAUCUUGUUGAAAUCGCAAAAUUCCUAAUGAAUACAAUAAUUCAAAUGAAAGUGAAAGAAAUCUUCAUUUCACAACUUAUACAGAAAAUGCAAUAUUCGAUCAUAGAUAUCUUCAAGCAUCGAUCUUAGCAAAUGAACUGCGAUCUAAUACUGUAGACACACAUUUUUAUCUUCCAAAUAAUCGAUUUUGUGGAACUCACAUAUAUUUUUUGAAGAAAAAUAAGUGAGUGUAAGUUUUAUACCCAGGAAUCAUUGGACCCCCACCCCCCCCCCCCCCCCCCCCCCCCCCCCCCCCCCCCCCCGCGCCCCCCCCCCGCCCCAGUACACCCUCCCCCCGGCGCGGCCCCG